AUGAAAACUGUGCGCAUUCUAGACCCCCUGCAACUACAGCUACCAAUGAUAACAGAGAAUUUUGCAAGCUAUCUGGAAGAAUCACGUGAGGCACCUGCACAACUACGAGAUUUGGUAAAACUUGUUGCAUCUGCGGACCGUUUCAUCUUCACAACCUGUGAAUAUCACCACUGCAUGCCUCCAGCCCUCGCCAACCUACUGGACAACAUGCCAUUCAGUGCGCUGUGUAACAAGCCCGCUGGUAUCAUCGCUUAUUCGACAGUUUCGGAUGGAGGACAAGUGGCUGCAGAUCAGCUACGCGCUAUGCUUUGCAGACUUGGUUGCUUCGUGGUGCCGCACAUCAUGGUCCUAUACAAUGUGGAUAAAAGAUUGCUUCCCGGAGGCGAGCCCACAGGAUCUACGAAGGACCGAUCCUCAUUGCUGAAUGAAUUGGACAUAGUGUUGGAACAAGUGGAGUAUUUGGGAAACGCUUUGAGGACAUACCGUGUCAUUGCGACUGAACCUCUACCAAGAUGCCGCGCUUAA